UCUCAUACAGAUGAGUUCUCAGAUGAUCAACGGAGAAACAGAAAUCGGGAAGUACGACAUGUUCCGCUUUAUCGUCAUUGCAUUUUGCGCGUUCGCGCUGGCAGCAUGUAGUCCAUCUGCGGAGAGGCAAGAAUACGACAGUGACGAUACAUUUGGAUCUGAAUCUCAUCAUUUUCAUAAUGUGGACGGGAACAGCGGUAAACAAGGAUACAGUCAGGGCGCAGGAUUACGAGCUAUAGCCCAAGGAUCGGCCGAUCAAGCCAGCAUAGCCGUUCAAAAUCAGAAAAGUGCAGCAGAGCAGGCAGCCUAUGUCGCUAAAAAUACUUUAGCACAAGCUGCUAACCAAGCUUCUGCCACAGCCCAAGCAGCAUUAGCAGGCAAACAGGUAAUUCUUCAAGGCAUAGAACAGCAAUUACAAGAUGCCCAAACGGCACUGGAAGGUGAAGAGCAGCAGUUGCAACAAGCUCAGAGAUCAGCAGCCGUGGCUCAACAAGCUGCACAGCAGGCAAUGCACCACGUUAACGUACUAACAGCCGCUUUGAACGCUGCUCAAGCCACCUCAGACCAAGCAGCCCAAGCUGCAUCUGAAGCAGCAGGAGAAUUAGGCGCUCAAACAGCGAUGAUCGGUGCAGCGAAGCAGAGGGUUGCAACGUUGGCAGAACAACUGCAUGGUGCGCGAAUUGAUUACGAGGCAACGCUUGCAGCUGCACAAAGAGCACUUCAGGCUGCACAGCUAGCACAACACAACGCUGCAGAAGCUGCAGCUAUAGCUGCCAGUGGACUUAACAAACCACCCCAGCCUCUUCCGCCACCACCACCUCCACCACCAAUAUCUGGCAAAGGUGGUGCUGGUGUACAAGUCGGCCAUAACGAAUUAUAUUCCAUUUCCGCGGAAGGUUAUUCCGGCUAUCAUCGUUAUUAAUAAUGACAUUAGAUAAACAUAUAACGAUUAUAUUUUUUAUUUUGCUUUUUAAGUGUAUAUGACUUUUGUAAAUUUAAUAAAAUAUUAUUCUACUCUGAUUAACUAAGAAAUCCACCACCAAAAAAAAGUGAAAAGCGAGCAAUCAUCUUUGAAGAAAUGUUUUUCGCACAGAACGUCGUAAA